AGGUAAUGACUAUAUCUUAGAUUAAUCAGUGAGCUGUUCUAUUCGUUCGUAAACAAAUCCGUUUAAUUUGUUUAGUAUCUCUAAAAAUGAAUAACGUUGAAAUCGAGGACUAUUAUCAUGACUUUACCACGGCUUCAGAAUGGGAAGUGUUUAUUGCACGUCUUGAAGAAAUUAUGCACGAAUGGAAACUACCCAAUAGGAAAAUUGGUCCUUGUUUAAAAUCCGGUGAUUUUGUCAACUGUCAAUGGGAAGAGAAUUUUGAAAAACUUCAUUUUGCUGACGCAGAAUUUGAGUUAAAGCAUUUUCGUUUGAAAUUGGAUGAAGAGGAUGUGGAAAGUGCACUGGAAGAAAGCGAAGAUGAAAAAUUACAGUGCCAUGAGGAUGCGAUGAAUACUUCCAAUGAUUUUACCCGAGUAGAUGGAAAUCACGUAGAGAUAGCUCGCUACUAUGGUGUCAGAGAAUUUCUUGUUUUACAAUCUGCUAAAAAAGAAUCUGUGAUUGAUGAAACUAAAAUUAGAAUUUUGCUUAGCUCAUUAGCAAUUGCAGCUACUAAUGCUAAUUGUGAUAUACCUACACUGCUUCAAGUGCAAGAAUUAUGGCAAAAGAUGUAUCUGGGAACUAGUAUUGGGAAAGGAAUUUGCACUCACUUCGACAUGGUGCAUUUGAAAAAAGUUCCUCCACACUGCAAAUACCUUACUGGUUUACUAGCUUUGUUCCAACAGAAAAUAGGAGAAGGUUGCGGUGCAAGGUUUGAUCCAGUAAUGAUAUCUGUGAGGUUUUCAUAUUUGUUAAAAGAUUGGACUACUAGUACAUGGACUCAAGAACCUCCAGAUUUUGAUUUUAUGCAGGGAGAAACAUUAGGUGUAGUUGAACUUGGAAAACUUCCAUUUGGUGCCACAUAUGAUCCCAUAGCAGAGCUCCACUUAUUUACUACGUGGCCUGAAAUAUCAGAGAAUGUAGUAAUCGAUAGCGAAAGUUUUACAGACUUAGAACCACAGCUAGCACCCAAAUGGUCUGUACAAGUUAGAAUGGUGCCUUCGCCGGUUUGUCUACUCGGAGAGUAUUUAACAGAUUUUCUACAUGUGUGUAACAAUAUGAAAACUGUAGCAGAUUUGCUUGGGGAUGGAGCGAUGUAUCCUGAAUUCGAAGAUCAGCAGUUAAGUUCAGUUUUUAACAUAUUAACAGAAUCUUCAAUACCUACGAUUUCAACAGUGGUCAGCAGAGCGACUAUCAAACAGAAUAAAAACGUUAAAAACGUGGAAGGCCCAAUCCAAGAAGACAUAUUAUUGUCUAUGUUAUAUUUUCUGUUUCCUGAUGCUGAUAAGAACUCUAAAACUUGCUACGGGGACACAAACACCUACAGCGCGGAUGAAGAUCAAUGGAAAGGUGUGAAAACAUGUGCUAUGGACAGUUUAGUUUGGCGCCUCGCUGUUGUUGCGGCGCAUUGUACACACAAUCUUGGAGGUAUUGCUGCCUUAGCUCAAUUAUGGUACGAGUUUGUACAAGAAAUCAGAUUUCGCUGGGAAAGGAGCAUCCUCAUACCUGGAGUCGGCGCAGGCUUUCCAGAUUCUGUGCGAACUUGUCUACUACAUCAAAAGCUUCAGAUGCUGAAUUGCUGCAUCGAGAAGAAGAAAGCUAGGGAGGAAGCCGCGCAGAAGUCUCAAAGCUUGGACAUCGAAGAUUUUGAGACAGCAGAGUCGGAAGAAGAGGAAUUUUUCGAGUGCACCAGCGAGGAACCAACAAACGAGGACGAUUCGGCGACAAGGACGCCGAAAGCGAAGUAUCUGUUGUGGAAUAAACCCGCAGGAAGAUUGGCCAAACAUCCCACGCUCAAAUUAAUCCAAACUGGGGAUCCUCUUUAUCUGCCAAAAACGCAAGACCCCGUUCCGAAAACGGAGGAUCAGCUCGAGGAAGAUGCUCAAGUAAUGAUGCAACUUGGAACCGACCAACACGCCUCAGAAAUGCGAGCGAGAUUGAUGAGCGCUUCGCUAUUGUCCGACAUGGAAUCUUUCAAGGCAGCAAACCCUGGAGCAAUACUGGAAGAUUUUAUUCGAUGGUAUUCUCCGAGGGAUUGGAUUGAAGAGGACGGAACGGACGAUUGGGGUCAAGCUACAGGACACUUGUCAGCGAGAAUGUUGAUACCUAAUAACCCUUGGUCCUCGACUUGGAGUUCGGCGCAGCCUGUCCCCGCACAUCGACAGAAGAGAUUGUUCGAUGAUACUAGGGAAGCGGAAAAGGCGUUGCAUUACCUGAGCUCAAAGCGGCUGGACCAAGUCGGUCAGCUUCUUCUGCCAGUUUUGACACACGCUGCACUCUAUACACUUAGUCAACAAAAGCAGGAUGCUCUGCCGAAUUUAACCGACGUUACGCACAGCAUACUUAAGAAAUUACAGUAUGCUACAAAACCAAUUCAUCAGAAGUUACAUAUAUACGAGGAAAUUACCCGAGAUAUAGAAAGCGUGGAAGCUUUGGUUGCUCAAGUUAGUUCGCUGCAACACAAACUGGGAGGAAACAAUGAAUCCAAAGAAUUUACUUCGUUCCUCAUUCAGUUGAUGCGAGGGAAGGAAGUUGAGGUACCAGGUGGUUCCAGAGGAAACAUUGCCUCUCGUAUAACCACUAUGUUUAGAGAAGCUCAAAAGGCUGUAUUCGUGAUGACUUCCGUUAGUAGCAAUGCAGAUGUAGAUGGAGUUGCAGACGAUAAAAUAAAAACAUUUCCCGAAGCUUCAUGCAAAGAAUUCAUUUUGCGGAUUGUAACGCCAAGACCUUCACCGGCCUCGACACCACAACCACAAAGGAUGUAUGCUUGCCUAAAACGAGAUUAUAUUCGAUUGGCAGGUUUCUUUUCAGAGGAUACAAUAUUUUUAUAGUCCACGUUCCAAGUUUCACUUAAAACCAUAUAGAUUAAUACGUUAAUCUAGAUUGUUUUAUCUAUUUUUUAUUUCUCACUUUCUAAUGUUGUUCGCGACGGAAUAAAAUUUGUACAUAUAAAAUAUACGGGAGUACUGGUAAAUGAUAGAGGCGUAUAAACUAAUUAGAUAAUUUUUACAAUUUAUUAGUAAUUUUAGAGAUAAUAAAACAUUAUACGAGAGAAAUUGUUAUCGCAUAUUAAAUUAUCAUUUAGAUAUUUCUUUGAGUUGUAAAUUAGAAGUGGCAAACGGGAAGUGCGAUAAGAAAAGCUUCUGCUUUUAAAAACUAGUUGUUUUGUUCGCAAGUUUGUCUCUUUCAGUAUUUAUUUUUCUGUUAUUUCGGUGGGUUAAUUAAGAUAUUGUAUAAUUUUGAUGUAAUGUAAAAUAUAUUAUAUUAAUUUGUAAAUUAAUACAACGCACACUAAAAGUGUAACAAAUUAAUAUUCAAAUGUUGUAAUCGCUACUUGAUCCUCAUUUUUUUAUGAGUCAAAUAAUUUGCACGCCUCUAUCAUAAGAUAAAAAUAACAAGGAAUUUUACAAUUCUGUACAUGUAUAAAGCAAGUUUGAUUUUUUUCUGUAUUUACUUAAAUAUCAUAAACUGUAUAUCAACAAAGAAAAUAUUGGAUAUAAAUAUUCUUUAUAGAAAAUAAAAUGGAACAAAUCUUAAGAAAACUUGUUCCUUGAUGAUAGUUUUCUUGGAUAAUUGAUUCGUUUGUUAUGAACCACCCAAUAAAAAUAUUCUUUUUUCAAGUUUUGGAGGUGAAAACAAGAAAUUUUGUACAAUCUGAUCCAACUCUUCAAGAGACAGCUGAGCAUGUAAGCGCAGUACCGGAUCAUCGUCGUUGUCUCGUAAGUGUUUCAGACCACGAUAUAAGUCAACCAAAUCUUUUCCCAAACUUGUUAAUGUGUCUUUUCCAAGACCACGAAGCAACAACGUACUAACCAUAACCGCAGCUCGUCGGCAUUCAGGAGUUUUAUCUGUUUUUAUUAUACAACUAAUACAAUAAAUCACCUGAAAUCGUAUAUUUAGAUCAAAUCAAAUCAAAGCUUAAUGAACUUUAACCGAAAUAAUAACUGAUAAAUUAAAGGUAUAUACCUCUGUAACAAUAUCACCCAAUCGAAAACCUAACACCUUGCACAAUUCACCUAAACACGAGAGACUAGAAGCACGAACCAAGGAAUCUGAAUCUCGUGUAGCAGAUAAGAAUCCGUUUAUUAAAAUAUUUUUGUAUGUUAUUGCCAUUUCACCUAUUGAAUUACAGAAAUUAAUUGAAAGUAAAAAGAACACAUGGCAUAAUAGUUUCAGUUUGAAACUGCUAUGUUGUUACUUUACAAUUUAUAAAUACGCAGAUAACUUUUUGAAAUGAAUGUCGUUUCUUAAAUGCCAAAUCAAAACAAUUAUCAUUGAAAGAAAGAUAUAUGCUUUGUAUACUAUAACAUAAAAAUUGAAAUUUGCGAAACAUGAUAAAUAUUAAAAUCUACCACAUUUGUGUUUCAACAAACAAAUUAUUUUGAAAAACAUUGUAAGAAGAAAAUGUCAUCAAAUUAUACUGACUACUGUGAAAAACCAUAAACAAAAAUGUGUUAGAAUAUGCCUUUUGUUAAGCAGUUACUGUAAUGUACAUUUAAUGUAAAGAAAGUAUAAUCAAGGUUCUACUGUAUUAAUAAAAGUUGAAGUAAUUUCAUUUAGCUGCAUGGUAUCUGUACCAUAUGAUUAAAAUUUAAAAUCCAAUAUGGGAAUCCCUUAAACCUUUUCAAACCUAUCUCUCAUUAGCUU